AUGUAUGCAAAAAGGUGUAGUGGCCUUUUGGACGCGGUACCGGCGCUCCUACACAAGGCCAUAUCUCACAGCAGCUUCAGCUCCAUUAUUGUAAAGAGGCUACGUGGAAAGCCACUGAACAUUGACACUGUGAAGAGGAGCAACAGGAGGGAUGACAAAUGUGGAGACGAGACGAGAAGUAGUAAAUUUCAUUACAACAGAAAAGAGCAACUUGCUGGAAAUGGCCAAGUGGAGGAAAGAAACAAAAAGCAAACCAUAACCAAGCUGUGCAAAUUGCUAAGUGAAAAUUUGAAGAAUGGAAAAUACGAUAUGUACGAGAAGAACCUAAGUUAUGGAUUAUCCGUGGCGAAGAACCCAAUCGAGUUAUCUCAACUGAUUAAUGCAAUCAGUAAAGGGAGUUACUACAGUAAGGGGGUAAUCCAGAUUUACACAAAGCUGGUGAACAAGGCAGCGGAGAUCUUUGAAAAUGUCCCCGUGAUGAGCAUAAGCUUAAUUUUGAAUAGCAUGGUAAAAUUGGAUAUAUACAAUGAGAAGUUUUUGUUUUUAUUUUUCAAAAAUGUGGACCAGAUUUUGGACGAAAGUAAUGUGGUCGACUUGACUAUCCUGUUUCAUUUUUACGUCAACGGAAUGGGACGUUUCGGUGGAACUGCUAAUCCUUACUGGGUUAUACCACCUGUGGAAGCUGCAUCCCCUGCCACACAAAGCCAAGUGUUGCUAAACACAUUUUUGAGAAGGUUACACAACGUGGUGCCAUCUUUGCAGAUGCACGGCAUCUCGUCCAUACUGCGAUGUGUUAAGAAGUUGGUGAUGAUGAUGGUGGGAGAGGCGAAGGGGAGUACACAGUUAGACGAUAUGAAGGCUAUUCACCUUGAGAAAAAUGACCCGUAUGAAUUUUUUCCUAGUGGCAAAGUCAACCGGAAUGACCAUGAAAAUAGUGAAUCAAAUUUGGAACUAAUAAAACAAAUUAACGUACUUUUGAGAAAUAGCUUUUACGAAAAAAUGGGAGAAGCGAAUACACAGCAACUAUGUAACGUCCUAGAAGAUUUGCAAUUUUUUAACCUCAUCGAUAAUGACUGCUAUUAUGACGUAUUGAACAGAUUAAGGGGGUCGUUACAAGGAGUGAAAGAAAUGAAAGAUAUCGAUUAUGUGAAUGUCCUAAAAACUAUUAAGAGUAGGAACAUUAAGCAGAACGAUUUGUUGCCACUGUGUUAUUUUUCAUUCUUGUUUGACAAAUUGAAGGUGGAGGACUUUUGUCGUUUCCAUUAUGACCGUGUUGCCGAGCUAGCCAAAAUAUUAUUUUACUUUAAAAAGGUUUAUCAUGUUAAUUUUUGUAUGAAUAAGAUGGAAGUAUUUCUGCACAAGAAUGAUACCAACUUGAUAGAGUCCACGUCCACUAUGAUUUAUUUGUUAGAUGAGUUUUGUACAAUUGGUAAAUGCACUGAGGCGGGGGGGUCCUUCAGGGGAAAGUUGUUUUCUUGCAUUGUGCACCGUGUCCUGGGGGGUACGACGGGAACAGUAGACAAUGCCACCAUUCACAGCGGCGUGAACGACAGUGCUAAGAACACGCAUGCAGGUCACACCUUAACCUUGGAGGAAUCGCUCCUCUUGACCAAAGCAGCGGAGGGGCUUAUUAGCCUCAAAAAAGAAGAAUACUCCGGCAUCUAUAACCAAAUGAAAAGGAGAGACUUCUUCCUAAUCAAUUGUGAUGAGAACGUUUGUGUCAAAUUUGAACACCUGGAUAGGUACGCACAAAAUGUCUUAUACAAAAUUUUGCUUCUAGGAAAAGUUAGAUAUAAAGAUGCUCCCCUUUUUUUGCACUUGUUAAAGUGCUGCUUAUUGUGCUCGCUGCAUUUUUCCCUUAAGGAUAUUUUACUCCUACUGAGGGGGCUGCACCAUUGUGUGUACUUUUUUACAAAGGAGAAUUAUAUCCUUUUGGAGAAUGUGUUGAAUUAUUUAAGUGCUCUGAUCGUGUUGCAGUGUCGAUUGGUGGUAAGGAGGAAGGAGUGCAGGCGCUACCGGGAUGACAUGGAUAAACUUCUAAACCGUUCAGACAGUUUGUUCAACAGGGGAAAGGUUAAGGGGGAGGUGAGUAACGAACUGGUAUGUAGCAAGGUGAGUGAAGCGUACAGACAGAUCGAGCGUGUGAUGGAGACGAACUGGGCAUACCUGACUGAUCUCACAUCGAUGGAAAGGUUGAGUAGAGGAAACGACGAGGUGGGUAACGCCUCACAUGAGAUUCUUCACCUAGACGAAGGGGGCAUCCUCUCCAACAGUAGGCGAACAAAAAUAAGCGCAGUAAAUUGCUGCACCCUGUUAUACUAUUUCCAAAGGUUAAGUUACGUGAACAAGGGGGUUGUUCGUGUUGUACUGUCCAAUUUGUACGACCAUGUGCAUGCGUUGAAGAACGAACAAAUACUUAAAUUGGUGAAGGGACUUAGCAUUAUCCGUAAUGUCGACACGGAGUUUACUUCUUUCAAUUCAGUUUUUAAAAAAAUUUUACUUCGGUUCGUUUCGUCUCACAAGGAGAGUACGAAAAGUUCAGAGCAGAAGACAGAGGAAACGAUCAAGCUGCUGUACCUAGUGAGCAAGCUCUCCAUAAAUAUGGAUCACAGGCAUGCCCUCAUAAGGAAGUAUCUGUUGAUUUUUUUGGAGCGUCAGUUGGGGGAGGGCACUGUGGGCAUUCCUCAGUUGGAGCUGUUGAUGAGGAGUUUUAAAAAUAUGUACCCCUACCGAUAUGUGUGUUUGGUGGAAUGUUGCUUGAGGGGGGUUAUCCAGGCACUUCUGAGGGAAAAACCCAUUGAAGAACAAGGCAGCGGAUGGAAUGACGGAUCGUCGAAAGGAUUGAAUGAUGGAUCGUCGAACGGAUGGAAUGACGGAUCGUCGAAUGGAUGGAAUGACGGAUCGUCGAAAGGAUUGAAUGAUGGAUCACUUGAAGGGGCGCCGCGUUCCCCCCUACCCUUGUCCUUCUUGAAGACCUACUUCUCCAUUCUGCCGCUGCUAAUAAACCCAGCCACCAACAUCCACUGCAGGGUGAACGACCUAUACAUGCGCACAAGUUUGCAACUCUUGGACCAGAUGUACGCGGAGAUAAAAUCUGAUAAAAAACUGAAAGAGGAGUUCAUCCCCGUGUUGGUGACUUUUUUUAAUUUAUCCUUCCGUGAUAUCCUUCUUGUGGAGAGGUAUUCUAACUUGAUGAACGACAUUCUGGGGAUGAAGCAUUUGAUUCCACAGAAUGAGUUUUUCUUUUUUUUGUUGAAUGUGAAAUUUUUUGGAACGGAGAAGACUCGCGCCGAGGUGGACGGUAUGCUGCACAAGGUUGGCGGAUUUGAUGGGGCCAGCAUGAGGGAGCUGUUGCACAGGGGAGGAGAGGCGUCACCCUCGUUACGAUCGGAAGUGGAGACGGCACCAUUAAUGCGCAUGCCCUUCUCGCCGCAGGACUUCACCUUUGACAGAAAGAAGCUCGUCCUCCUGGACACGGAAGAUGAUAACGAGAUGGAGAUAAUAUCUCGGGAGUAUAAUUACAUAGACACAACCGAGGUACACACACGGGGGGAGAGAACAACAGAGAGAAGAGAUCCACAUCGUGCGGAAUGUCACGGCCAUGAUGAUCGCUCUAAGGAACGCACCAAACGCAAUAACGCAGACCACCUUGAAUUCGAAAUAAUUUUGAAUAAAUACGCCUACUGCCAAAAUACCCAAAAGGACAAAAUCGAAAUUUCGAAGAAUGUCAAAAUAUUUUCGAUGGAUGUUAAAUAUAUAGACUUGAAGAAGAGAAUUAUUUUUGAAUUUUUGAAGGAGGACAAUUAUUUUAAAGAAGUUGAUGGUGCCUCUAUUGAGCUUUUACCAUUGGUUUAUUUGCGUUUAUUUUUUUGGAGAAAAUUAAAUUACAAUUUAGUGAUUAUGCCCUUUUAUGAGUGGCAUAUGUGUUAUGGCCGUCUGGAGAGAGUUAAGGCUAUUUUUCAGAAGCUCCUAAACAUGCCCUCUGACGCCGAUACGUACUUGCUCGAGACGGGGAAAUCUCGCGCUUUUGCGUCUGUUGGGAGUUACGAAUGA